UCGCCUUCUCGCUUUCUCUAGCCCUGCGGAUCCCUCAGAACAUCGAAGCUCUGUCUACAGAUGCCUAAGGUGGCACAAUCCUUCAAGAACAUCGUGUCGAGAUGUUCCGCUGCUCGGGCGACUCAACGUGCUCCGGCGUCUACCACUGCGCUUCAAGACAUCGAGAACACUCCUCCUCCACAGCCUAGGGCUCGUCGCGCGACUAGAUCUCAGCCAGCACCGCCAGCGACGCCUCCUCUCGCGGAACUCGAGAAACUUCGCUCCGAGCUCGCCGCUUUACAAGAUGAGAACUCGGCUCUGCGGGAUGCUUCAGCGGAGCAGGCACGGCAGCUCGUCCAGAGUGCCUCGGAACUUCGAUCUGCGAGGGAGACUCUGGCAAAAGUACGACAAGCAAAACGCGAACUCAGCGCUCAGAAGCGAUCUCUGGACGACCAGCUGAAGGAGGAACAUUCGGAACGCGCGCUUCAUCUCGAAGUGUCCACGACAGUCGCAUUCAAUGCUAGUCAGCGUAUGCGGAAGAAUGGUACAGAGAAGUUCAUAGACAAGGUGAUCACUCCUUCUCUGGAGACCUGGGUUAUACGCAACGGGCGCACCAUCUUCGCGAAGCAGCAAGUAGGCGAAUUUCGAGAAAGGGUGGCUGCCGACUACCGCGAGAAGGCGGACACCCACGACCAGCAGGCGGCGAAGAAGGUCGCGAUCGAAAAGGAGCGUUUAGAGCGUUUGGCAGCUGUCGGGAUGGUUACCGACGUAGCGGCGGUUGAAGCGAUGACACUCGCCAAGUUGCGCGAGCAGCUGGAGAUCCAUAAGGAUAUUCUGAAGGAUCCCGUCCUCACUGACAAGAAGCAGUUCAAGUGGGGGAUGGUUAAGAGUCUCAUCCCACGUAGAAUGGCUGUCUUGGCGGCCCUCGAGCGCUACCACUUAGCCAAUCCCGGGGCCCUGAAGGCGGCGGAAAAAUCGGUCUUGCUGCCCAGCCCUAUGGAAGUAGACGGAGAGCAUUCUUCCAUCGACUCGGAAGCCGAUGUCGACUCCGAAGACGACAUGGCGGACGAGGAGUUCUUCUGAUACAUGCACGCUCCUCCCAAGACCAUAUUAUAUUG